AUGUUUGAGGAGGGUAGGAAGUCCUGCCGUGUCCCUGAAGCCGGUCGGCCCGUGGCGGGGUGUCAUCAGUCGGCUCGGCACUGCUGUUCGCCAUUUAAAAUUUUGACUCGGCUGACGCGCGACGCGAAGCAUAUGCUUCCAUCCAUCUCCGUCGAGCACUCGACGCCAAUCUCGAGUGGUCCAUCGCCAAACGAUCGCAAGCGGAAGCGACAAAGUCGGACAGAGCCAUCUCGCAGUCCCUCCGACCAGAGCACCAUUCAUGCUCUAUUUUCUACUCAACAAAAGCCGAACGUAUCCUCUGAGCUUUCCUCGACGAUAAACAAACGUAACAAACCCGCCGAGGCCGCCCCGACUACCACGCCACCAGGGUGUCUUUCAUCGAAAGACAUGUACAGCUUCCCGUCGCGAUCUCACAACGCCAAUGCCGCUUCAAACAAUACCGUAGACUUGACCAGCGAAUCGCCUACUACGUCCCCUGUUCGCAGAUUUAACAAUGGUGUCCGACCUGCUGGCAGAGCUGGUCUACUUGCCCAUGGUGGCGCCAAAAAGCUGGUGGUGAAGAAUCUCAAAACGAAUACGAGCUGGGACAGCAAGGCAUAUUUGGAGCAGAUUUGGGGCCAACUAGAUGUGGCUCUGGGGCUGAUUUUCACGGAGCGGCACAACAAUGCGAGCAAAGAGGACUUAUAUCGUGGCGUAGAGAACGUUUGUCGGCAGGGAGGUGCCUCAACUAUAUUCACACGACUAGAACGACUAUGCAGGGCACACAUGGAGCUCGUAGUACGCCCGGCUCUACUCGAAGAAGCGGGAGCGGAAAACAUUGCGUUGCUACGAGCGGUUUUGGAGCAAUGGACUCGCUGGGCUCAGCAGAUGACCACGAUCCGCGCCAUCUUCUUCUUUCUCGAACGCUCAUACCUCCUCUCCUCCAGCAAACCUACAAUCGAUCAGUUGGCCUCUCAGCUUUUUCGCGAGAUCAUCUUUCAAAACGUCACUCUCAAGGCAAAGAUAGUCGACGGUGCAUGUGAUUUGGUCUCUGCCGCCCGAAGUCAAGAUCAGGCACUGGACAAGGAUUUAUUCCGACAAGCGGUCGCUCUGUUUCAUGCACUCUCGACAUAUACCUCAUCAUUUGAGCCUCGAUUCCUGAGUUUGGCGCAGGAUUACAUCGUCGCUUGGUCGGAUCGGACGAUUACUGAAAUGACUGUCCCACAGUACGUUACCCUUGCGGGUGAGCUCAUCGCACGAGAGGUGGAGCGAUGUGAGGAGUUCGAACUGGACAGCAGUACAAAGCGUGAUCUCCUGAUCAUGCUUGAAGACCACAUCAUUGAGCGCCAGCAGCAGGCAUUAAUAAAGGAGGAAGCACUGGCAUCUCUUCUCGAUAACAAUGCCAUUGCUGAGUUAGCCGGACUGUAUGAUUUGCUUGAACGUCGAAGAUUGGGGGAGAAACUCAGCCCGCCAUUUGCGAAAUGGGUCGAAUCCACAGGAACCAGCAUCGUCUUUGCGAGCAAUACAGACGACAUGAUAAUCCAUUUGCUAUCACUCAAGCGAAGACUAGAUUUGGCAUGGCGGACUGCGUUUCAGCGAAACGAAAGCCUCGGCCACGCAUUGAGGGAUGCAUUCGCGACCUUCAUGAACAAGACAAAGAAAGGUGACGCAACCUGGGGUACAGACAACACGAAAGUGGGCGAGAUGAUUGCAAAAUACGUCGAUCAGCUCCUGAGAGGUGGCGCCAAGGCGAUUCCAGAUGUAUUGACGGCACGGCGGGCAUCGACAGCCGCUGCUGAGGUUCCUGCGGCUGGAGAAGAAGACAAUGAAGACCCCGACGUGGACGAAGACGCAGAGGUCAACAUUCAGCUCGAUCAAGUUCUCGACCUGUUCCGAUUCGUGCAGGGUAAGGCUGUGUUCGAAGCAUUCUACAAGAAAGACCUCGCCCGCCGUCUACUCAUGGGACGAAGCGCGUCUGCGGAUGCGGAGCGCAGCAUGCUUGCACGACUGAAGACGGAAUGUGGCAGUGGCUUCACACAGAAUCUCGAACAGAUGUUCAAGGACGUGGAGCUGGCCCGCGAAGAACUUCAGUCGUACAAGCAGCGCCUAGAAGAUCGCAUGGACUAUGAAAAGGGCAAGAGUCUCGACUUGAGUGUCAAUAUCCUGUCUUCUGCCGCCUGGCCAACGUAUCCCGACAUUCCAGUUGUCAUUCCAGCUAAUGUCAAGCGCGCCAUUGAUGGUUAUGAACUACAUUACAAAAGCAAACAUACGGGACGUAAGCUGGAUUGGAAACACGCCCUCGCUCAUUGUCAAAUGCGUGCAAAAUUCAACAAGGGCGUCAAGGAGCUAGUUGUGUCGAGUUUCCAAGCUGUUGUCUUACUUCUCUUCAACGACAUGGGCGAGGAUGAGCAGAAGCCAUAUUUGGAGAUUCUCGCCGAGAGCGGGCUGCCCGAAGCCGAAGUCAAACGCACCCUCCAGUCCCUCGCCUGUGCCAAACUGCGCCCACUCACCAAGCAUCCCAAAGGAAAAGAUGUCAACAACACCGACACCUUCUCCAUCAAUCUCGGCUUCGAUCAUCCGAAAUACCGCGUCAAAAUCAACCAAGUCCAACUGAAAGAAACCAAGGAGGAGAACCAAGAGACCCACAUGCGCGUGGCCGAAGAUCGCAAUUUCGAAACCCAAGCAGCGAUUGUCCGUAUCAUGAAGAGCCGCAAGACCAUUUCUCAUUCCGAAUUGGUCGCCGAGGUCAUCAAGGCGACCAUCUCCCGCGGCGUGCUGGGUGUGGCGGAUAUCAAGAAGAACAUCGAUCGCUUGAUCGAGAAGGAUUAUAUGGAGCGCGAGGACGGCAAUAUGUACUCUUAUGUGGCGUGA